CUGCUAGAAAGAACGCACUAGUGUGUACUUCUUGAACUAGUGCAAGAAGUUCAGCUGGAAAGAACAAACCUCAACUUACCGCAUCGCAGUUCAGUUCAUCGUCGGACGCAGUGUUAAAAAUUCAACAUGAGAGCCAACAAACAAGGUGCAAAAGGUUUCAAAUCACUGUGGGUAUGUUUCGACAUGAACAGCACAGAAAAGCAUCAGCUGUUCUUCAAAGAACACUCUAUAAGAAAUCAAGAAGCUGAAUAUCCCAAGAACCAAACUCUCUUUGUACUUAAUGUACCACCAUAUGCAACGACUGAUUGUCUGAAACAUACAUUUGCCAAAUGUUGUGGGAAUGUACGCUCUGUUACAUUUACAAACAUGAAAGGAUUUCGAAUGGCAUACGUUGUUUUUGAAAGGGAUUCCUUCUUAGAUGAGGCAAUGGAACUUUCAAAGGAUUGUGUGAUCACAUUGAACAAUGAUAAGAAUAUUUGUCUCACAGGAUUAGAGAAAUGGUCUAGAGAGUACAAUGAUUCUGUGUUCGAUGAACAAGCAACAAAAAUGGAGAUUGAGAAAUACUUGGCAUCAUAUGACAAGGAUAUAAACGAGCGUGUCACAAAAGAGAAAGCUGCAGAAGAGGAUGACGAUGGCUGGACAACUGUAACAGGUCGAAAAAAAAGAGGACAGUUUGCACCAACUAGGAAGGAAUCCACGAUUAGCAAAGUGUUGCAAAAAGAGGAGCAUCGCAAGAAAAAGAAACAGCUACUGAAUUUCUACACUUUUCAAAUUCGCGAAGCGAAGAAGCAAAAUUUGGCGGAAUUACGAAAAAAGUUCGAAAUGGAUAAAAAAAGGCUGCAAGAAUUGAAAUUAAAACGGACGUUUAAACCAUUUUAGGUAUAAUGUAUAUAUAUAUAUAUAUUUUUUUUUGUAUGUAUGUACAUGUGUGUGUAUAAUAAUAUAAGAAUUUCGAGCUGA